CGGUGCUGGGUGAGGAGCUGCUGAUGGCAACGCAGUUCGUGUAGGCGAUAUGAGCUUGGCUGGGGGCCGGGCCCCCCGGAAGACCGCGGGGAACCGACUUUCUGGGCUCCUGGAGGCAGAGGAGGAAGAUGAGUUCUACCAGACGACUUAUGGGGGUUUCACAGAGGAAUCAGGAGAUGAUGAGUAUCAAGGAGACCAGUCAGACACAGAGGAUGAGGUGGACUCUGACUUUGACAUCGACGAAGGGGAUGAACCAUCCAGUGAUGGAGAAGCAGAAGAGCCAAGAAGGAAGCGCCGAGUAGUCACCAAAGCAUAUAAGGAGCCUCUGAAGAGCUUGAGGCCUCGAAAGGUCAGCACCCCAGCUGGUAGCUCUCAGAAGACCCGAGAAGAGAAGGCACUGCUUCCACUAGAACUACAGGAUGAUGGCUCUGACAGUCGGAAGUCCAUGCGGCAGUCUACAGCUGAGCACACACGACAAACAUUCCUUCGGGUACAAGAGAGGCAAGGCCAGUCACGGCGGCGAAAGGGGCCCCACUGUGAGCGGCCACUGACCCAGGAGGAGCUGCUCAGGGAGGCCAAGAUCACAGAGGAGCUCAAUUUACGUUCACUGGGUCAGUCUGUGGUUUUCAGAACAGCGGGUAGAGGGGCUGAGGAGCAUGAGAAAAACUGAGACCUGGAGGACCCAAAGAACUGGAAAGAUGGAGAUUUGGGACAAGGGAAUCAGAAGAAAGAAAUGGGGAGAGUAUGUGAUUAGGGGCAAGGAAGUAAGCAGUUAUGAGGGCUCUGAAGAACAAGUUAUAUUGAAGUACUUUGGUGUAAAAUAAGAAUCGUAUAGAACUCAGUGCAGAUCCUAGUUCUGCUGUUGGUUUGCUGUAAGACUGCAGGCAAAUUAUGUGCAACCUACUUGCAUCUUUCUCUCCUUGUUCACAAAAUGGGGUGAUGAUGCCUACUUUAAUGAUCAUGAGAAUUAGAAGUUGAGUAGAAUCAGUCAGUUCAUGGGAUACAUUGCUAUAAAGUAAAAAUUCUUUAAAAUCUCUUCAGUUUAUGUGCUAUUGGGCACACAGUCAUGUAUGGUAAUAUAUUGUACAAAAACAUACAUUUCUUUGAAGGAUGGUGAGGAUUCUCAGAUCAUGAGAGGUACGUGAGAAAUUGAGGGAACAGCAGAUUUCGUACCUCGCAUCACAUGCUCACUCUGGGGCAUACUGGCAUUGAGUGAAACAACAGGUGAAAUCUCCUACAACAUUUAAUUUGUUAUUUCUCUCUCUCUGAAUCUCUCUCUUUUUUGACUAAGCACAUAUAAUUGAAUGUGUAUAACCCAAAUACAAUUUUACUGUGGAGUAGAAGAUUGUUUACCCAGAAUAUCUGGACCCAACUCAUUUCAGUUUAAUGAUAGUUUUGAAAUUUAGAUAACUUAACUCCAAAAGACCACAAUGACCGAGAAAAGAUUUAAUUCGUUUCCAACAUUUUCAGGAUGUAUUCUCGUGACAUUUUUUUUUUUAAUAUAUUAGCUUUAAAAUGGGAAAUAUAACCUCUGUCUGUAUAAUGACAAUGCCGUGCUUUAAAACAGUAGCUAUCUCUUAAAACAUAUAAAUGACUGAGAACCAU